CUACAAUACCACAUAAACAUUGGUAGCGCCAAUUGUCAAUUGACAGCCAAUAUAAAUACCGAACCUAGUUUUACAACCUCAAUAAAUUUACAACACUCCUUUUUCUUUUCUUCUAAUCAAUCAAUCAAUCAAUCCAAAGAAUUUAACUUUAUAAUGGAUUUCAAUAGAAACAUAGAAUUCCCACCAGAAAUUAAUUCAGCUAGUACUGCAAAUCCUACGGAAUCUAAAGAGGAAAUUGUAAGAGUAGCUUUGGCUACUAUAAAGAAAGAAAAUCUUGAAGAUCAAACCAAAAAGUUGUUGAUGAACUAUCACAAACUUAUGAGAUCCGGAGACUCAUUUGAAUCACUUCUUUCAUUUCUAUUACCUGGUACAUCCUAUAAGUUAGAUUUAAAGACUGACAAACUGAAUUUUAAUGAUCAUAUCAUAAAAAGUUUUCAGAAUAUUAGAGAAGAUCCUACGUAUAUCGAUAGAGAAGUUAUUUUAAUUUUACAUUCAAUUCAUGUAUCUCGCAGUUUAUUAUCAAAGCUUGAGGGUUCUUCUUUAAUGAAUAAUCCAGAUGUAUUCGCCCUACAAACAAGAGAAUUCUUAGAGCUUGCCUUCCAUUUAGAUAACGACCUCAUACAAUCCGUCGAAUUGGAUAUAAAUUAUUUUAGAGCUAGAUUGGUAUUAGAAGAUAGCCUAUUAGAAAAUCUUGGAGAAUCAAAUAAUAAUUCAAAGAUUCCAAAUUUUAAUUUCGAACUUGGGGAAUUAAAUAAAUGUGCUGCUUUUGUAGCAGCACAGCAAGGUUUUAAUUUAUAG